AUGCGAACUAAAUGACCAUCUGCACCACGACUUCACAUUGUGUUCACUCUCACAAGCCAUAAUGCCUUCCAAGCGCCACGAGCCAUCCUCUGGUAGUUCACAGAGCGCCGAAAAGGGACGUAUCAGUAUUCAUGAGCACGAUAAACGUCCACAUGAACCAGCUCCUCGCCUUUCCCACCUGGAACACCUGACAGUCCGUGUCUCCGAUAACUCGAUUCGAAGUCUUGCCGGAGCCACCAGUGCGAUAGCCUCUAGCAUCGUAACAAGUCCUCUGGACGUUAUGAAAAUCAAACUACAAGGAAGAGGUGGACUCCAACUGUGGACGCUUGACCCUGUCAGAAAGCGACGUUCAUUCCAAGAGAGAGGUCUCAUAGGCACUGGGCGAGCAAUAUGGCAUGAAGGCGGAUUUAUUGGCAUUAAGUCACCUUUGUUAUCCAUUCUAUCAAAACUAUCGCGGGUAGUACUAACCUCUGCCAAACGGCCAACAACAGACCUGGGUAUGCUCAAGCAUAUCUGCAGUUACUGGAGGUAUCUUUUCUAUAUUAUUCACGAAUCCAUUAUGGGUUAUCAAAACCAGACUCAUAUCUCAAUAUACUUGACUGGAUCAGGGCUUGGGAAUUGGCAUGAAGGCCAGGAAUGGCUCCAGAUCCUAGGGGUACUCACAGCUAGCGUGGCGAGCAAAGCGUGUGCAACUAUAGCCACAUAUCCACACGAAGUUGUUCGAACAAGAUUACAAACGCAGCAGAAAGUAUACCCUUCAUCGCCAAUUGAACACGCAAGAGCAAGGGAUGGCGGAGGCCUAUUGAUGCGUGGGAGUAGCUCACAAAGCGAAAAGGUGUGCAAUGCAGGGAAAAUAUGGGAGAGAUUUCCCCGACUAAAUCGGGGUAUUAUGAGCACGCUCGAAACGAUCUUGCGGGAAGAAGGCUGGCGUGCCUUAUACUCUGGUAUGGGCACUAGCUUAAUCGGGGCUAUACCAGCCUCUGCUAUGACAAUGCUGGUGUAUGAGGUAGUGGUGUGGCAGGUUAAGAAGUCAAGGACGCAGGGCAAAGGAAAGCUCGAAAUGCAGGAUAUAACAGAAACUUGGUGUCUAUAGCCCGUAUAACUUUCCAGCAUAUCGUCGGCACAAAGGGCGGAUACUAUCGAGCAUAACUAUAAUUAAACAACGACUAUGCCUAGGCAGGUCUUACACAACCCAUACAAUCUCAAAUCUCG